AGAGCUUUCCACUCCUUAGAAAGCAAAGGCAGUGCCCCCGACUACUGGGUGCCAGCGCAAUAUACCCUGUACAGGCUACAGAUGGGCAUCAGCAGCACCAUGGACAGCAGCUCCAGACUUCGUCUCCUUACCCUUGGCAGCUGCUUACUGCUCCUGGUCAUCAGGGAUCAUGCUGUGUGUGGGCAGGAGGACAGCUCAGACCUGGAGACCAGGGCACUGCGGGACUUCUACCCCAAAGAUGCAAUUCCUUCCAGUGAGAAAGAGUUGCUUGGUGCUCUGCAGGAGGUCUUGGAGAAGUUACAGAGUAAACCUGUGCCUUCAUGGGAAAAGAAAUUUGGACAGGUUCCUGUGUGUGAUGUAGGGGAGCAAUGUGCAGUCAGGAAGGCUUCUAGAAUUGGGAAAUUAUGUAACUGCCCUAGAGGUGCUGUCUGCAACUUCUUCCUUCUGAAGUGUUUAUAGAAAACAAAAUCCAAAGACAAUGUGCAGAAGUGACCAAGCUGAACACCAACACAACUUUUAAAGAAAGAAAGAAAGAAUGUGGGUGACCAUGAUUUUUACACUGGUAAAAUGAUGUACAGCGACUGCUCUGCAUUUUGUUAUGUUUUUCUGUUAGCCUCUCUGUUUGCACUCUUGUGAAGAUAAAAAAUAAAGACCUGCUCUCUUUUGUAAA